AUGGGAACCGUGAAGCUCUUCAACAAGUGGAGCUACGAGGAUGUUGAGAUCAGGGAUAUUUCCUUGACGGAUGCGGAAAAGGAUGCAUAUACGGAAUGGAAUUUGCUGACUCGAAUCUACGCACAUAGCGACUACAUCCAGAUUCGUAACCCCGUCUACCUUCCUCACUCCGCCGGUCGUUAUGCCGCCAAGCGUUUCCGCAAGGCUCAGUGCCCCAUCAUUGAGCGCCUGACCAACUCGCUCAUGAUGAACGGCCGCAACAACGGCAAGAAGCUCAUGGCUGUGCGCAUCGUUGCUCACGCUUUCGAGAUCAUCCACAUCAUGACCGACCAGAACCCCCUCCAGGUCGCCGUUGAUGCCAUUGUCAACUGCGGUCCCCGUGAAGACAGCACCCGUAUCGGUUCCGCCGGUACCGUCCGUCGCCAGGCCGUUGAUGUUUCUCCCCUCCGUCGUGUCAACCAGUCUAUUGCCCUCUUGACCAUCGGUGCCCGUGAGGCCUCUUUCCGUAACAUCAAGAGCAUUGCUGAGUGCCUCGCUGAAGAGCUUAUCAACGCUGCCAAGGGAAGCUCGAACUCCUAUGCCAUCAAGAAGAAGGACGAGCUUGAGCGUGUUGCCAAGAGCAACCGGUAA